AUGAAGGGACUGCUGGAGUGCGUGAUCUGCGGUCGUGAGGCGGCGGCUGGGAGGCACGACGAAGGUGCUGCCGGCGGCAAGGCGGAGGAGGCGGCCACCGUGAAUCUGCUGCCGGCGAGGUCCUCUGCCGUAGCGGCGGCCUCGUCCCAACAGAAGCGGCGGAGACACAGAGCCACAGGGGACGGGGCGGCGCCGCAGUGGCGCCCUACGCUCGGUGUGAUCUCCGAGGACGGGGCGCUACGCGUGAAAGCCGCAGCGGAGGAGAGGACGAAGAGGACGGCGACUGCGCCUGCCAAGCCGAGAGCGGCGCGUCCUGCAAGGAACUACGCCUGGGAGAGAGAGAACGAGUACAGGUGAGUAAUUCCACUGCCACCAUUGAUCGUUGAAACCUUCCCUCUCUUUCUCUAUUGAUCUCUUUUUGGCACAUCGUCGUCCAUCCCCUGGAGUACCUUCCUGAAAGUGGAGACGAAAGAGGAACCUUCGUGAUGUUCGAGGAACCGACCGAGAUCUGCUGGCUCCCGAUGCGCUUGCGCAUCUGAGGGAGCGAGAGCUGUGGUCAGCGAUCCGAAUCGGGAUCAUACCCCAGGAAUUGACCAUUAAAGCGGUUCGAAAAGAGUGGUAAAAGAACCUCUCUCUCUUUCUCAUGAAGGAGAGGAGUUCCGAAGCGCCGGGAAUGAGGCUGUUGGUUGCUUCCGAAGCAGAUCUCCUCCUCUCCCUGCUUUAGGUAGCGUCGAGGACGAAAGUCAGAGACAAGCAAACUCCUUCCAAAGCAGAUCUUCACGAACUCGCUUUCAGAUCGAGUUGCUCGUCCUUAUUUCAAAAAGCUACAUUCGUUGACCAAUCUUCCUCCCUCCGCUUCGCAGGAACCUCUCCUCGCCGACGGUCUUCAUGGUCUUCGCCACCAGCGCCUUCCUGUUCUGA